AGAUCAUUCAUGACAAUCGGAUUCAAUCUCUCUUGUUCUGAAAUCUUCAACUGAAGUAUCUGAUUCCAGCUGUUCAUAGUGUCUCCUAUUCGAUCAAGUGCCCAGGAUUGUUUCAUUUUGACAGCGAAUUCAAUUAUUUGGUAUAGUUGAGCAGUUUACAUUCAUAUUAUUCUUGUUAAGCGUCUCAAGUUUUCAGAGGUAACAUCGGAAGUUGCCUGUAAUUGUGCGCCUGGCUUAGAAUGUCAGGUGAUCACAAAAACUACAUUAUAGGUAAUCCAUCUCAAUACGUUAAAUUGAAUGUUGGUGGCUCUUUACACUAUACAACUAUCGGAACACUCACCAAACAUGACACCAUGCUCAGAGCUAUGUUUAGUGGGCGGAUGGAAGUGUUGACUGACUCAGAAGGUUGGAUUUUAAUUGAUCGUUCUGGCAAACAUUUUGGAGCAAUUUUAAACUUUUUACGUGACGGAGUUGUGCCUCUUCCUGACACUGUCAAAGAAAUGGCCGAGCUGAUGGCUGAAGCAAAGUACUACUGCAUUUCUGAAUUAUCUGAAUCAUGCGACCAAGCACUAAAAAAACUUGAAAGGGAGGCGGAACCAAUUUGUCGUGUGCCGCUGAUUACAUCCCUUCGAGAAGAACAGAUUUUAAUCAACUCUACCCUCAAACCAGUCGUCAAAUUACUGAUUAAUCGCCACAACAAUAAGUACUCAUACACCACAGCGUCAGACGACAACUUAUUGAAAAACAUUGAGCUUUUUGACAAGCUUUCCUUAAGAUUCAGUGGACGAGUUCUUUUUAUAAAGGAUGUCAUUGGCUCGAGUGAAAUUUGUUGCUGGAGCUUCUAUGGUCACUGUAAAAAAGUAUCUGAAGUUUGUUGCACUUCAAUUGUAUACGCUACGGAUAAGAAACACACCAAAGUUGAAUUCCCUGAGGCACGAAUCUAUGAGGAAACGUUGAAUAUUCUCCUGUAUGAAAACAGAAAUGCCCCUGAUCAGGAACUAAUGCAAGCAACAUCAUCACGGGGCGCUGUCGCAGGCAUGUCAUCUUACACCAGUGAUGAAGAAGAGGAGAGAUCUGGCCUUGCUCGACUUCGUUCCAAUAAGCAGAACAAUCCAUCAUCGGUAUAACAAAUAAUUUAGAAGUUCAUGCAUUCCUUUGCUCUGUGGCUCAGGAAGAAAGAUUUAUGAAUGUUGACUCAUAUGCCAAGGGUUGUAAGGUGGCAUUAAUUCAUGAUAGCUACAAAUUAUGUUGUUAACACUUCUUUUUGUAAAUUUCUAAGGCCUGUUUUUUUCAGGCAUAAUCGUAUGAGGUUGGAAUUACUCUAAUUGAGGAACCUUUCACCUCCUACCGGAAUAGUUAAUUUGACUGAUGAAGUAAGGAAUUUCUCGUAAAUUUGUCUGGAAAUUCAUGUUACUACAAUAAUCUACCGUCAAUGUUGUGUUGGCCAACAAAUGCGUAGCAUUGGAAUUGUUUCCCACUAUUCGUCGAUGCUUGAGUAAUGCGUUGAUUUGCACCGUCCAGCCACACAGGCAUUAGAGUGUUGUUUGUCUUGCUCCAUUGGUGGGAGUGCUACAAACGGCUCAAAAGGAGAAGAGACUGCAUUGAAGCCCACGUAAUGAGUGCCAUGAGCCAGGAAGAGAAUAUGAAAAAUUACAACUUGUGUGCUAUGAAAUUGUUAGGUUUCAUAUGCAUUUGUCAUUUUUAAAAUGUCACAAGGGGUAAUAAUUUUCAGGAUAUUAGAGCAAAAAGGCAAGAGGAGCUAUUUCUGUUAAUAACUGGCACAAAUAAAGCAAAGCCAGCCUAAUCUUUGAGUAGUGUCAAGUAAGAUGACGCUUGGGGUUUUGAGGAAUUGUCCGCUCUUUCCCCCCCUGAUAAAUUACAUUUGUGAAAGAGUCAUUUAUUCUUGUUUGACACUCUUGAAAAAAUGGCUUCUCAUUCCAAGUUUCCCUCAGGAGCUUGUCAGCAUUUUAUGUUCCAGUUUUUGGAACGAUUCUGGAGAAGUGGGAAAAUUUUCCAUCCUCCUCUUCGUAAUGGUGGAUUCUACACCAACAAAAGGUGUAUGUCCUAUUACUGAUGUUCUAUACCUUCCGCAUUUGUUGAUGAACUGCUUUUGGAUGAAGCCCUGAAUGUUACAAGGAGAGGUCAAAUAUAGGUAUCUUCUUUUAUUCAGAGAAUCAAAGGCAAUAGAAGAUUUUUUUAGCAGUUGUGUUGGGCUGUCAAUUUCAAGGCAGAUGCUUCUUAUGUAUUUUUAAACUGAUUGUCCAUGAUUAAUUUUUUCCAUUUUGCAACUGUUCACACUAAGGAUCUCAGAAGAAAGGGGAAUAGUAUUUGAAUGCCAAAUCUUGUCCACAGACUCAAACAAUCGAACCCAUAUCACAUUGUAUUUUCUAAGCUGUUUCGUGACUUCUGGCAUAUCAAGUUAUUGUGAAAGUUAAUAUUAUUUGGGACCAAAGAAACUUAUGAUGUGAAAAUCUGUAGAAAGAUGAACUAUAUAAAAAGUGCUAAAUGAGCUUUUGUUCCAGUAGUAAGACGAAGUUAAGGACAAAACUAUGACUAAAUACGCACUUUUUAUGAGUUUUACUUAAUAGAAAUAUAAGAUUUGUUCACAAGUAGCCACACUUAGCCACUAUACAUACACAAAUCUCGUCAGUAGAUUAAAUUUUGCUGAAAAAUUGUCCACGAAAUCUUAAAAAGGAUCUGACCUCGUGAUAAAAUGAUUUAGAGACUCUAAUUGUUGGUUGGAGAUGAGGUAGCUUUUGAUCAUCGGAUAGUAACAUUAAUUGUGCCGCAAACGAAUCUUGUCUAUGCUCCAUCCACUGGCUCAAAUUCUAGUUGUUUAAAUCCUUUCCUAUGAGAGUGAAAAAUAUUCCUGCGGCAAGCAAUAAUGACUUGCAGAGCAGCCCACGAAUGUAGUCUGAGUCGCAGGGAUGAGGUUUCUAUAUUCGAGGAAGACUGUUGUAAUCAUAUCAAUGGUCACAUCCUCUAUUUUCAGUUCUUCAUCCGUUUCCAAGAAUUGGAGUCCAUGAUCUCCAUCAUGGCUACUCCAAUUGAGAGUGAUAAAGUAGGUACUGUCUUUGCUGCCUUAUUCAUAAAUACACGUAAAACUAGAAAAAAUUGACUAAAGUACAAAACUAUUCAACAGGAAAAGUACAUGCAAUAUCUAAAUGCACUUAUAAAAUACAAAAAUUUGAAACACAUUUUACUGUCAAAUUUGGUUGACUAAGCUGUAUCAAACAUUGAUAUUGUUUAAAAAAUCGAGCCUCAAGCCAAAAUAUUAUUCGAAAUCUAGAAAAAAUGGACAGAAUCAAUAUUAUUAUUAUUCGAAACUGAACAACAAUUAAACUAAUAACUAUACAUAACCCGGUACCCUUAGAGGUCCUCGGGGCAUCUUUUUCCCUUCCACUGUUUAGUAUUUACUGCCUUUUAAUAAUGAGAGUGGUGUUUUGAUUCAAGAGAUAGAUUUGAGUUUUUUAAUCUACCCCCCACCCUGAGGAUGCCCAGUUCAUCGAUAAAGGGGUUGAGACUGGCUAGUUGAUUGGAGCAGGUCUUGCCCUUUUUUAUGUUCAUGAUAUCUUUGGCAAAAUAUUCCCUCUGGAUCAUCAUAACUGUGCGUUGAAUAGCUAUUUUACGUUCUUCGACAUUGAUGUCUCCCAUAAUUUUAGAAGGGCCUUUGCGUGAAUUAUGUAUAAAACGGAGACACCAUGCCAACACAUUAGUUAGAAUUUCAACCUUGGUUGUUAACUCAGGUCUUGAGCAAUGGAGAGGUUUAAUGGUUAAGUUAAGGUCUCCCCAGCAUUUGAGCUCUUCAUCACCCAAACCUGAUACCUGCAUCUCAACUUUGUUGAAUUUCAAUCCUAGCUGACUAGCACAUUUUAAGGUAAUGAAUGAUGACAUUGCCGCCGAAUCAAUGACAGCUCGAACGGGUGAAAAUUUGCCAUUAGCUGAUUUGAUAUUUACAAUAGCUGUUCCAAGGAUAGUUGUUUCUUUUAUUGUCAGUUGAUUUCCAUUUUUUGAUGCUAAGUUCACAUUUCCGGAAGAAUCAUCCGAAGUUGACAAAAAACUUCCUUGAGGCUGAUGUAAUAAUGUGUGGUGCUUUUCAGAGCAAACCUGACACCUGCAUUUGCUUUUGCAUUCCUGUGUAUUUUCGUGUGAUAUCGAUAGGCAAUUUGGACAUCGUUUGAAUUCUUGGAUUUUUUCUUGUCGACCUUUGACUGUUAAAGCAUGGAACUUCUCACAUGGAUAAAUAGCAUGUGGAUUUUUGCACAGGUUACAACUUGGAUCUAUGUUUUUCUCUUGAUUUUUUGAUCUUGAUUCUUUUCUUUUUGAACUCUCCUGAUGGACAGUAUUUUCAGUGGCUACAAAGUUCCGUGAGUUUCCUGAUUUUUUUUGAGAAUUUUUUGCGUGGGAAUCGGAGUUUGAUCUUGUAGUAUAGUUGUCCAGCUGAGAGCAUUCAGCGUGAAGAAAUUUUUCAAGUUCGUCGAACUGAGGAUAUUUUGAAGAGUUUUCACGGGAGUCUUCGAAUCUGCGCCUUAAUGUGAAAGAAAGCUUGCUAAUUACAAUGGUUGUGAGUAAUAACGAAUACGAGUUUUUAUCCUUUUUUAGCGCAAUGAGCGCAUUAAUAUACGCUCGAAUUUUAGAUGAGAGAUUUGGCAAUGAUGCAUUUUGCUGUGCGUCUGGCAAUUCUCACAAACUGGUAAAGUGAUGAUGAACAUGCCUUCUUUCGUUGUUGUAUCUUAUACAUAACGAGUCCCAAGCGACUGAGUAAUUUUCAGACGUCAUUUCUAGGGUGCCUACGAGUUGUCUAGCUUCACCUUCCAAUUUUGACAGUAAAUAUUGGAAUUUUUCGAUGUCAUUUAAGUUUAGCGCCUUGUGAAUACUUGCUUCGAAUAAACUAUAAAAUGCAGACCACUCAUUCAUUUUUCCCGAGAAUUUUGGUAAUUCAAGGCGAGGCAGCUUCACGUUGUUGUUAGAUGAUAAUCUUCCUUCAAUAUUUUGUGGAUUUUCUCCUGAGGUGCUAGCUGCUGUUCCUUUCUUUUUUGCAGAAAUAAACAAAUGUUGCGUGGCAAGAACUAGUGUGUCAAAGGCCUCUUGAGUUUCACUGAUUGCCACUCUUUCCUUUUCAGCUACUUUAAAAUUGAACAUAAUCAUCUCGUGACGAAUUGAAUCCAUAUUUUCUUGUAAUUUGACCAGUCAAUCCAUCAAGCCUUGAUAUAAUUCGAAAUUUGAAGGUUUAAUUUCGGCUUUUAUUUGAUCAUAAAUUUUCUGGACUGCGGCAAAUAUAUCCUGUCUUUGUAAUUUCAAUAUUUGAAGCUUUUCAAGAUUAGCCUUAAGCUCUGAGGUUGACGGUUGCAAACCACCGCCAAUUUGUUAAUUUUCGUCUCCAGCCAUAAUAGAACAACUAAAGAUUUAAAUGUGACAAAGUUGCAAGUUGUAUACUCAGACUGUUGUACUAAUAAGAAUUUUUUGGUGCACUUAAUGUUUGUAACUUGAGUUACCUGUGCGUAAACUUACAAUACUUUUAGCGUGAUUUUCCUAUGCACCUAACGGUGGGGCAAGAAGUUGCCGUGCACAAAAUCCGAAAUGCUGUAAUGUGAAGUAUUUGUCAAUAUUUAUCAUAUGCAUUAAAUGGUGGCUUUUAGAGUUAGCCAUGCAUGAAUAAUACCAAAUGCAAUGUGUGUGUGAACGCACGCUACCUUUGUCUCAAAAUCGGACUUAAUGUGAUGUCCAUUGAUACUAAAGGGCGAGAGUGCGUCUUUUCCGUAUGGCAAAUGUGGCACCACUGCGGCGGUAAAGGAGCGCAAUCUAUGCCUAAGCUCCUAAGGGCUAGUUCUCAAAAUUAUGAAUUACAUGAUUGACCUGUUUUGUUUAUUCUAUUUUUGCUAAUGGGGUGAGAAGGGUCACUACGGUUUGAAUUUUCAGGAUUUUUUUUUUUUUUUUAUCACGUCUCGUGAUUGACCCGUUUUGUUUAUUCUAUUUUUGCUAAUGGGGUGAGAAGGGUCACUACGGUUUGAAUUUUCAGGAUUUUUUUUUUUUUUGAUCACGUCGAGGUCACCAUGUUCAGUAUUUACUGCCUUUUAAUAAUGAGAGAAAA